AUGCCAAAGCAAUUACGUAUUGAUGAAUUGCUGGAGUGGGGCCGCUCUCAUCAUACCAUCCUUCAUCCCAGCGUUGAAGUCUACCGAGACGAUGUGACUGGGCUGUCAUUCAGGGCGAAGGAGGACGUUCCACCCGGAGCAAAGCUGGUCAGCUGUGCAUACCAGACAACUCUUUCGUUUCUCAAUGCCAUUCCAUACUCGUUUCUCUUUGAGUCACAUGGUUCCAAGCCCUUCCCCCUCGAGUUCAUCAGUCAACUGGCCCUAGAAGAUCCACAUAUUAUUGGCCAUUUCUUUCUAAUGCAGCAAUACUUGAUGGGAAAAAGGUCCUUUUGGUGGAAAUAUAUCCGUCUCCUUCCCCAGCCGGAUCAGCCAGAUCUUUUAGCCAUUCCCAUAUGGUGGCCUGAAGCCGAUCGAAGGUUUCUUUGGGGUACCAAUGCGGAACCGCCAGUUGAGAUCAGGCGAAAGCUCUGGAUGAUUGAACGGGCCAAAGGUAUCAAGUUGCUUGAGUCAUCGCCCGAGCAUCAAGACUGGGAUGAGUAUACUCAGAAACUGUAUUUUUGGGCAGCUACGAUAUUUGGAACUCGGAGCUUUAGAGCAUCUCUCACAGUCCCAGAGGAAGGUCUCGUUGAACAAUACAAGGGGAAUCAUAAGGCCAUAUGGGAAUGUGUUACUCAAGAUCGCUUUUCUGUCCUAUUGCCUAUUCUUGAUAUCGGAAACCAUGAUGGUGUUAAUCGAGUUGAAUGGUCCAAACACCCCGACACUGGACAUUUUGCGCUCUCCACGUGCAAGGCGGUCGAGAAAGGGGAACAGAUAUUCAAUUACUAUGGUGAUAAGUCCAACAGCGAACUACUCGUAGGAUAUGGGUUCACACUUGAUAGCCCGUCGCAAGACGUUGUGAACUUAAAGCUGGUGCCUUCUGCUGAAGCUAUCAGGCUACGUCGGAGCCAAAGUUGUCAUAACCAUCGUCCAACAUCUCACCCUGAAGAAGAAUUCAUGUUUGGAGUCCGGACCGGAAGCCUCGUCGAGCGUGCAAAAGGAUCUCUUGGAUUGGAGAGUUUACCGCAUGGUCUAUUGGAAGCAUUAAUAUGCAUGGUAGCUAACAACAGAGAAAGAAGGUUCAUUGAGCAAAAUCCGCAAUAUUGCCUUCAAGUAGACCUCGACUUCGAUUCCUUUGCGGGGCCUUUGUACAGAGCAUUCUUUAGUGCCAUCCGUAUUCUAUAUAUCAAAAUCCGUCUCGAAAUGGAAAGACUCCAUGACACUGGCGAAGGGCUUGGGUAAGCUUACAUCUCUUCGCUUAUAUUUCCCUGGAUUCAAUGAGGAGUCAUCAUGGUUUCGGGUUUUUUCGCUAAUAUUCUAGAUCUCCCUCAAAUCACAAUCAAACCAUGGCAUUGAAAUAUCGGACCCAACAAAAUUCCGUUCUUAUGAAAGCCUCCUCUCGUCUAUCACAAAUAUUGGAAGAUGCACUUCUGUUCAAAUCGUUCGAUGCCCAGGUCCCUGAAACCUUUCAAAAUGACCAAAACUUCCCAGCUGGACUUUUGACCCUGAUGCAUGCUUUCUCCUGGCUACAAGCACAGUAUUCGGGCGUCCAUGACUCUGUAGUUAGUAUAAUAUCUGAAGAUCAGGAGGAAGACCUUCCCUUGGAUUGGCGCUUGCUCAUCGUCGAUUGGGAUAAUACUUAUUGGUGCGUCUGGAUUUACACCAUCUGGCUACUUUGGGCACGAGAUGGGCAAGCAUUUCAAGAACGUCAUCCGGCUUUCAGAACAUGGUUGGAUGAGAUGCGAAUGUGAGAUAUGAACUACUUUCCGGUGGCCUUUUCUUCUAGUCUUGUCUCCUAAUAAGUCUUUGCAGGGCAUAUUCGAAAGAUCAGCAAGAUGGUGCAUACGAUAUCCUCCACGCGAGUCCAUCGGAAGUAGAGACCAUUAAUCUGACCGUUGAAGCGAUCACCAACCUUCCACAAUUCAAAAGCGCACGAGACAUACUUAUGAGUCAUGAGAAGGGGUGGGAGCCAUUGCGAAACUUUGCCAGUUUUGUUGCCAAGGAGGAAACUGUCGCUGUGACUUCUGGGGGUUUGGAGCAGAGAGUGCUUGCUAUUAAUAAGACUAGAGGGCCAUGA